AUGGCGAAUGAGAAGGAUCGUUUUUAUGACCCUUUUCAUUACAACCACCAUGAACAACAACUCAACCACUCUUCAAGCUUUCCAUUCUUUAGGGACAACAACUCGGCACCAAUUACUUCACAAAACUUUCAAGGGUUUGAUCAUCAUCAUCAUAAUCCUUCUCAUCACCGCACCACUUUCACUGACUGCUUACACGGUUCCAUGGAUUACAACACCCUCUCCAGAGCCUUUGACCUGUCUUGCUCAUCAUCUGAAGUGAUCUCCUCCAUUGAUGAAAACCCCAAGAAGCCUAGCGCGGGAGACUCAGCAGGGAUCAGUGGGAACCAGUCAACACCAAAUUCAUCGGUGUCCUCAUCAUCCAACGAAGCGGAAGCAGUGAUGGAAGAAGACUCAACCAAAAGCCACAAGAAAGAUAAGCAGCCAAAAGGGUGUGAAGAUGGAGAAGAAAAGCCUAAGAAAGAGAACAAGCCUAAAAAGAAAGAGAAAAAGCCAAGAGAACCUCGUUUUGCCUUCUUGACUAAAAGUGAGAUCGAUCACCUUGAAGAUGGAUACAGAUGGAGAAAAUAUGGACAGAAAGCAGUCAAGAAUAGUCCGUACCCAAGGAGCUACUACAGAUGCACCAGUCAGAAGUGCAGUGUAAAGAAAAGGGUGGAAAGAUCAUUCCAAGAUCCAUCAAUUGUGAUCACAACAUAUGAAGGGCAACACAACCAUCACUGUCCAGCAACACUUAGGGGCAGUGCCGCCAGCAUGUUGUCAUCACCUCCCUUUUUUGGUUCCUCUUAUAUGGGGUCAAGCUUACCCCAAGAUUUUCUUGCUCAGUUGCUUCCAAGUUAUAGCCAAAAUGAUCACCAGAAUCCAAUCUUCCAACAAAACCUUUCCCAUAAUCUCCAUCUCCAGCCGCAACAACACCAACAAGAACAUCAGCAUCAGCACCAGUUCCAACUCCCUCGUGACAAUGGUUUGUUGCAAGACCUACUACCAUCAUCAUUCCCCGGCAAACAAGAGCCAUGA